UUUUAACAAGCUUGUUUCGCGUUUUCAAAAAAAAAAAAAAAGAAAAAAUUGCAGCAAACACAGACGUGUCUCUCCACGGCGUUUUCAUGUAGUUUCACCGCAGAUAUGCCACGGUACUGCGCUGUGAAAGUUUGCAGAAACCGCGGGGGGACUGCGUCGAGACAAGACAACAAGAGAAUUAGCUUCUACCCCUUUCCCUUGCAAGACAAGCCCAGGCUUCAGAAAUGGGUGGACAACAUGAGGCGGGCAGAGUGGACCCCGAGCAGACAUCAGUAUCUGUGCAGCGAGCAUUUCACUGAGGACUGCUUCGAUAUUCGAUGGGGAAUCCGUUACCUGAAAAAUACAGCCAUCCCCACCAUUUUUCCUUCAGUGGAAGAUGGUGGUGAGAAAAAAGCGACCAGCAUUAAAACCAGCUCCAAGGUCAGACCCAACAUUUCAGACAUUGACACUGAGCCCAAAGGUUUUGACUCUCCUCUCAGUAAGAGGCCACUCAUCUUGAGCAGGACAUGCAAAAAGGUCCAGUCAAGUACAGCAAACAGUACAGUUCAGGAGCACACAGAGAUGAUAUUAGAGCUACCUCUGGUCUCAGAGAUACAGACUGCUACUUGUGAGACAACAGGUGACACUGGAAUGCCAGCAGCGUCCUGCCUCGCUCUGUCUCCGAGCAGUGAACCUCAUUCCACAGAGCAGACCGAGUCGGCCGUGACUGUGUUGUGCUGCGAGCCGCUGGGCACUUUGUCUGACAGAGAAGCAAAUGUGGAUGCAGUGGCCCUCCAAGCAGCACUGGGCCAGGCGUUUAGCUUUGUCCCCGUGGAAAUGGUCAAGGACAAACCCACAGGCUGCUUCCUGGAGGAGACGGGACCCAGCGAUGGAGAGCACAUUUCUGUUUACGAACACUCGUACUGCAGACCGGACACGGACAAGGAUGAGCUUUGGAGUAAGAUCUUGAGUUUGCAUGCAAAGAUCUUGGAACUGGAUCGCAGGGAGGAGAACACGAUGGCUAAAAUCCGAGCUCUGGAGAACGAGAUAGCCCUCCUGAAGAGGGACGGUGCUGUUUUUAAAGAAAAGCAGAAGGUUUUAGAGGAUUGUAUAUCAUCUGUUUUGCUCUGAGUGUGGACUCUUAAAAUGAGAUUGUUGAUGUGUUUUAAAUGUUACCAUUGAGUCACUUUUGCAGAUAUGUUGCACAUGCUCUCAUGCAUUCCUUACAUAAAGCACAGCAGCACACACUGUGCCUGAUUUUACACAACUCGACUGGUACGCGGCGUUAUGCAAGCCCGCUUUUCUGUUUCCAUAUUAUGGAUGUACCGUAUACUUGAUUAACUCUUUGUGUCCACAUGGUGGCACUGUAUGGCCUGUAUGCUUUUGCAAAGCUUCACUGAAGCCUUACUUUUCAGUGGCGUCCUGCUAUGCAUUCUUGAUAUGCAGUUCUGUCCACUUCAAAUGUGGCAUCCUAAAAGCUCCCAAAUUCUUUCUGGAGCAUGACAGUAAACCCAAACAUACAGCCUGAGUCAUAAAAAAAUAUCCCCAGAACAAGGAAUCCUGCAACAGAUGGCGUACCCUACACAGAGCAGUGAGCUCAACCGUAUUGACUCAGUCUGGGUUUACGUAAAGCAACAGAAGCAUCUGAGACAGCUUAAAUCCACAAAAGAACUGAGGACAGUUCUCCAAGGUGCUCGGAACAAGCGUCCUUUUAAAAACUGCACAAAUGAAACUGGUGCUACUUUUUUAUGAAGUACAUUCAUAAGAUUAGAUAGAACUUUGUUGAUCCCUUUGGUAGGGUACCUCAGGGAAAUCUAGAAACAGCACAACACCGACAGUAGCACACAUCAAUUAAGAAAAAAAAACAUUACAAUACAAUAAACACAAUUCAUCAUCUGAACGCACUUUUAAAGACUGAAACGUGUGCACAGUACUGUAUAUCUAAGCUUUUCUCUUCUAUCAUGUGAUGAGUAUUGUAUUCCAACCUAUAAAUGGUUUCUCUCCUUUUUUUCUUUUUUUCUUUUUAUCAUACAGUCCAUUCAUUUUGUUGCAUUUCAAAAUCUUACCAACAUCCACCCUGCAGCUCAAGCGCUUGAUGUUUAUCAGAAUGAUUCUAAAUUGCGAAUUCCUUUAAAGGACCACCAUGAAUCAUCCCUGACAAAUUUUUAAUACACAGCUUGCAAAAUGCUUACCUUUAAACUCUGGUAUUGAUGAGACUGGAACAGCAGCUGCUUGCUGUGUUAAUGCACAGGUCAGUUUUAUUUUAUGAUGUUAAAAAAAAGAGACAUUUACACAUGUAAUGACAGACUUCAGUGUUGUGGGUCCACAUUUUAUUUCUGUCCGAAAUAUUCAGCUUUCAUGAAAUAAAUCCAUGAUGGGUUUACUUUAAA